AUCAACGAGGAUGCCCGCUGCUCUCUGCGGCUAGACACAAGCUGCGACACAAGCAGCGCCAUGGCGGGCAAGCGAUUUACUCCAAGCGCUAAACUAGCUUCAAGGCGUGUUCCGGAGGACUGGUCGAAGCACCAGGUCUUCGUGCUGCCCCAUGACUUGGUCAAGCCGCACCUCUCAAAGGAGCCCAGCCGGAAACACCCCAUAACUCUUACGGUUUUUUACCCGUCGUCUGAUGGGAAGCCGCCAGGAGCAAAAAGCACGCCAGCCAAAUGCAAAUACGCGCUGACGGAGGACGUGGGCGAUGAUGGGCAGCUGCAGGGCCGGUUUGACCUGGCGCCGGCUGCGAAAGCCACGCACGUUCUUACGGACGAGGGCGAUGAGUUCGAGCUGUGGUGCUCCGGCGAGCCAGACCACUUCGUGGUCAAGGUGGUCAAGGAGACGUGCCCUGCCUGUGGGAAGGAGACGUCUGAUAAAAAGUUUGGGCGCACCUACUUCUGUGAGGACUGCGACCGCAGCUGGCACCCCACCUGCUGCGGUUGGCCCGACCGCCGCCUCACCAAGGACGAGAGCUUUUACUGCACAGAGUGCCGCCCCGACUUCCCGCCGCCGCCCGCCAGGGCGCCGCCGGCCAAGCGGGCCCGAGGCCGCAGCGGCGCAGCGGCAGCAGCACCGAGGUCUGGCGGCCGCGCUGCGGCGCGCCCCACGCGCAGGACUGUGGCGGCCGGCGUGGCUGGUGGCGGCGCUGCCGGCGGCGGCGCCGCCAGCGCUGCGGCCCGGCAGGCGCAGCACGUCACGGACAACGACACCGACGGCUCCGACGCCGACAGCUCAUCUGGGACAGAGGAGGAGGAGGAGGAGGAGGAGGAGGAGGAGGAGCAGGUGGAGGAGGAGGAGGAGGAGGAGGAGGAGGAGGAGGAGGAGGAGGAGGAGGAGGAGGAGGAGCAGGUGGAGCAGCAGCAGGGGGGCGCCACGAAUGCGGCUGGCUCACUGCUGCCAGCGUCCGUGAACGGCGCCGCGGCGGCAGCGGCGGGCGCAGAGCAGGAGGAGGACGGGCAGGAGAGGCCGGGGCGGGCGGAGAGGCUGCGGCCGGCGAAGCGUGCACGGCAGACGGAGGCUGGCAGGGGCUCUGUCCGGGACGCAGGAGGCGCCAUGAACGGCGGGGCCGCGGGCGCGGCAGGGCCGUCAGGUGCGGCGGCUGCGGGGGCGGCAGCGGGUGGUGAGCAGCCGGGCGUGCCGGACGGCGUGUUCGUCACGGGCCGGGAGGCGCGUCGGGCCAGACACACCAACGCGCGACAGCCGCUGCCUGCGGCAGCAAGUCCCGGCGCCGCCGCCGCCCCCGCCGGAGCUGGGUCAACCGCGGCGUCGCCCGCUCAGGUGCCGCUUCCGGCCCUGCCGCCCGGCGUGCGGCAGCAACAGCACCAGCAGCAACAACCGGCGGGGCGGCAGCGGCAGCUGCCGCCCAUCUCCCAGCACCCGUUAGUACAGGCGCUGUCGCCGCCGGCACAGGCGCUGGCGGCGCCACAGCCCCUGCCUCAGCUACAGCCCCUGCCGGAGCUGCCGCCCUUGCCCGCCGACCCGAACCAAGAGCUGCUGCAGCCGCAGCCAGGGCAGCAGGCCGGCGAUGCCGACGAUGGUUACGAGCCGGAGGCCGACGCCGAGUUUGAGGCGUAUGACGAGCUUGACGGAGACGCUGGCGAGGCUGAUGAGGCUGAGGAAAUGGAGGUGGAGCAGCAGGAGGAGGAGCAAGAGGAGCAGCAGGAGGAGGAGGAGCAAGUGGAGCAGCAGGAAGAGGAGCAGGAGGAGGAGGAGGAGCAGCAGCAGGAGGAGCAGCAGGAGGAGGAGCAGCAGGAGGACGGGCAAGCGGGGGAGGACGAGGCCGCGGGGCUGGUGCCCACGCCGCAGCGCGGUUCGGGCGCGGCAGCGGCCGCCGCUGCCAGCGACGGCGAUGACCAUCCGCUCCUCAGCACGCUGGUGCAGAGCGCGAUCAACGAGUUCCCCAUACCGCUAGGGCACGUGUUGCAGGGCCGGCAGCUGCCGGGCGGCUUCCAGCCCAACGACGCCAGCGGCAUUCACGACGCGGUGCUUCGCGUGCUGGGCGUGAACCGGUCAGAGGCAGCUGGCGGCGCCGCCGCGGGCCCGAGCGGCAGCACCGGCCGCCGCCGCGCGGGCGGCCGCGCCGCGGCUGCGGCUGUGGCGCGGCAGCCGCUGCCGCGGCUGCGGGACCGGCUGCCUGGCCUGCCGGAGGGCAUGCGGCAGGCGCUGGACGAACACCAGGCCGAGCUCGACGAGGAGCUGAAGGCCAACCACAUCCACCACAGCGACACCUACCGCCGCGCCUCGCUCGCCUUCCUGCACCUGCUGGAGGCCGCGGCGACGGCGGUGGCGGACCAACAGUCGGAGGCGGCGGCGGGCGGCGCGAGCGCACUGCGCGAGCGCGCCGCCGCCGCCGCCGAGCUGAGGGCCAUGCGGCAGCAGGUGGAGGACGCGAGGGCGGCGGAGGGGCGCAAGCACGUGGAGCUGCUUGCGGCGCUAGCGGCGCAGCGGGCGGCGGAGGAUGAGGCGGCCAACCUGCGAGCGGCGCUGGCAGUGCUCACGGGCGACGCCACCGGCGGCAUUCCCGGCGCCGUACUGGCGCAGAUGGGUCUGGCGGCGGCAGACGAGGAGGUCCGGACGGUGCGUGUUCAGCUGGCCAACCAAGUCGCCAUCAGCGACACGCUGCGCACCUCCAACGAGCAGCUGCGCAUACAGCUGCAGAACGCGUCGGCCGCGAGGGACGCCGCGCUAGCUGCGUCGGCGCGGGACCGCGCCGCGGCGCUGGCCGCGGAGCAGCGCGCCGCGGCGGUGCCGCACCCCACCGUGGAGGUGGCACAGGCCCGCGCCGCGGUGGCGCGCGCGGGGGCGUCUGCGGAGGUGGCGGUGGCGGAGAGCGCGCGGCUGCGGCUGGUGGCGCGCCAGACGGCGGAGGAGAACCUGAGGCUGCGGGCGGAGCUGAAUGACUUGCAGGCGUUGCUGGCACGCGUGGCCGCGGCGCACCCGGACUCGGCGGUGACCAUCGAGGCGGCGGAGCCGGGCCGCCGCGCCGCGUUGCAGGGCGCCGGGCUGGAGAAUUACAUAAACGGGGUGGAGGUGACCAACGCGCGGCUGCGGGAGGAGCUGUCGCGGCUAAGGGACGAGAACAACCGCCUCGCCGCAGCGCGCUACAACUGCACCACCGCGCUGGAGCGGGAGAGCGCCUACUGGAUGAGCACUGCGGCGGAUGCCAUCCGCGGCCCGCGCGUACGCCCCGAACUGUGGGCGCAGCAGGCCAUGCUGGGAGGAGCGGCCGCAGCUGAAGGAGCGGCGGCGGGUGCGGGCGGUGGUGGAGGAGUUGGAGCGGCAGAGGGCGCGGCAGCGGGAGCGCCAGCGGGUGGUGGUGGAGGGGCAGGGGCGGGCGUGGCAGCAGGGGCGGGCGUGGCAGCAGGGGCCGGCGUGGCAGCAGGGCCGGGGGCCGGCGUGGCAGCCGCGGCGGGUGGAGGUGGAGCAGUGGGAGGAGGAGCAGCGCCUGCGGGAGGCGCUGUGGAUGCGCCGGGUGGCGAGGCAGCCGGCGAUGGUGGUGACGGAGGGGGAGGCGGUGGGCGCGGGGCAGGAGGCGGGCGCGGGCGCAGUCGGGGACGUGGACGCGGGCGCGGGCGCGGCGGCUAAGCAGGUCCAUAGAGGCGCCGGGGGAGCGAUGAGCGGCCGGGAAGACAGGCUGCGCAGCGGUGGCGGGGCGCCCCGCUUUGAUGGCAGUUCAUGAAGCAGACUGCGCGAAAUGGCCCAUGACGUACAAGGUGUAUCAGCGACUUCGCUCGUACACGGCAUGGGCUGUCAAACAAACGUUUUGUUGCGAGUCGCACGUUGUCGAUGUUAUGGCGGUGCCAGCGGCGGGGUGUCGUGCAUCCGGAGCUCAGGCUGGAGGGCUGCGGCUGUGCUCGCACGCUGCGUGUGCGCAUGCACACGCACGCUGCCGGUGCCAUGCAAGUGCAGGAUGCGGCUGUGGUGUGUGUGAGCUGUGAUGUGAUGUGAUGUGAUGUGAUGUGAUGUGAUGUGAUGUGAUGUGAUGUGAUGUGAUGUGAUGUGAUGUGAUGUGGGCUGCGACGCCCUGCGCACCGAAUGGGUGUGACGUUGGAGCGCGCAGCUCGGGCUGGUUGAGGUUUGACGUUCCUUCGUACGUAUCCGCGCCGUGCGCAGCUCAGCGCGUCAUGUGCACUGGCCCCUAAAUGCCCCUGUAUCCCGAUAGCGCUGUGUGGCUGAAGCCACAUACUGUAAACUGCCUUGUUA